AUGGAAGCUAUAGACUUGAACGAUGAUGGUCAGAAUGAUGUGAUGGAUGAAGAUAUAGAGGAUCAUGAAGUUUUAGAUGAUUCAGAGGCUAACAGAGGCACACAACCGAGACAAGUUCAGUCACGCCGUAGAGUCUCUAGGUGCUGGAGGAAGUUUACUAUACUUGGAGGAAGGUUGUCUGAUGGUACAACUAAGAUCAGAUGCAACCUUUGUAGAAGGUUUUACUUCUUGAAUCUUCGCAGGAAUGGAACCUCAACUCUGACUCGUCAUAUGAAGGUAUGUCCAAAAGCGGUUAGAACACCUAGAAGUAGUUCUAGGAAGGUAGAUAUGAUGGUGUUUCGUGAGAUGAUAGCUAUGGCCAUUAUAGAGCAUGAUCUUCCUUACAAGUUUGUAGAGUAUAAGAGUAUUAGAAUGGCUUUUACUUAUGUCAAUUCUAGCAUUGAGUAUUGGAGUAGAAACACAGCAGCUUCUGAUGUGUUGAAGAUUUAUGAAAGUGAGAAGCAGAAACUUAGGAAAUUCUUAAAUGAUUUUCCUGGAAGGGUUUCUUUGACAACAGAUCUCUGGAGGGCUAUUACUAUCGAAGGAUAUCUCUGCUUGACUGCGCAUUACAUAGAUGUUGAUUGGAAUUUGCAAGCUAAAAUAUUGGCUUUCACCGCUUUUCCUCCGCCUCAUUCAGGAAUAACCAUUGCUAUGAAGCUGGUUGAGCUGCUGGAGGAGUGGGGACUGGAAAAGAAGGUCUUCUGUCUCACUGUAGACAACGCUUCUUCGAAUGAUAGCAUGCAGAGUAUCAUGAAGAGACAGAUGCACAAAGAUCUGUUCUGCAGUGGAGAGUUCUUCCAUGUACGAUGUUCAGCACACAUCCUUAAUCUUAUUGUUCAAGACGGCUUAGCAGUGAUUGGAGGAGCUUUGCAGAAAAUCAGGGAGAGUGUCAAGUUUGUUAGAGGAUCAGAAAGCAGGGAAAGAAUGUUUCAAAACUGUGUUGAAACAGUGGGAACCGAGGUCGAAGGUGAUGAAGGUCUGGUUUUAGAUGUAAACACACGUUGGAAUUCUACUUUCCUUAUGCUUUCUAGAGCUAUCAAGUUCAAAGCUGCACUAGGUAACUUGGCGGAUGUAGAACCGAGUUAUGUGAAUUGUCCCUCUUAUUCUGAGUGGAGGAGAGCAGAAGUGAUAUGCGAGUUGUUGAAGCCAUUUUCUGAGAUUACAAAUUUGAUUUCGGGUUCCUCAUACCCAACAUCAAAUUUGUAUUUCAAUAAAAUUUGGAAGAUUGAGUGUUUGUUGAGAGCUCAUGCAAAUUAUUCUGAUCCUGUUAUUUGUGAAAUGGUGAAGUGUAUGACGCUCAAGUUUGAGAAAUACUUGGAAGAAUACAUUGAUAUCCUUGCAGUUGCUGCAGUUUUGGAUCCAAGACUGAAAUUUCACUUCUUAGAAUAUUGUUUCUCGGUUUUGGAUCAGUCUACUUGUAAGAGAAGGUUGGCUAAUGUUCGUUCAAAGAUCUAUAAACUAUUUGGAGUUUACAAGAAAAUCCAGAGAAUCAGUAGUGCUGCAACAACUUCACAAGGAGAAAUACCCGAUGUUCCAGCCGGUUAUGGGGGCUUCUACGCCUUCUUUUCUCAGAAAGUUGUUGGCAGUGGCAAGUCUGCUCUCGACAUAUAUCUAGAUGAGCUAUUGCUUGACAUGGCCGCUUACAAGAAACUGAAUGUGUUACAUUACUGGAGAGACAACUCAGCUCGGUUCAAAGAGUUGGCAACAAUGGCACGAGAGCAUUGGUAG